UCACAUCGUCUUCAACCUCACCACACUUUGGUCUAAAUCAAUCGACGAUUUUUUCGCCUCUAUUCUUCUCCGUCAUUGUGCUUCCGUCAGCAAUGGCUCGUGGUUCAGGACUUCAUGCUUUGUUCGCCCCCAAGCCUCAACGGACCGAAUCAAAACUCGCCACGUCCCUCGCACGUGCCAUCAACUCAUCAGACCAAGUCGAGUCAUCACUCUCAUCACUCCAACCCCUCUCCCUCUCGACAACCACCGUCCUCCAAACCCUCCGCCUCAUCACCCACCCUCCCCGCGCUCUCCGCUUCUUCGACUACCUCUCCACCACCAACGCCUUCUCCCACAACCCCCACUCCUUCUUCCUCAUGCUCCACCUCCUCUCCCAAUCCCGCAGCCUCAACGCCGCCCGCAACUUCCUCUUCUCGAUCGAGAAACGCUCCAACGGCUCCGUCAAGCUCCACCCUCGCUUCUUCAACACCUUGAUCAAAUCCUACGCCGACGCAGGCCUCCUCCACGAGUCUCUCUCCCUCUUCCACACCAUGAAGAAGAUGGGAGUCUCUCCUUCCCUCGUCACCUUCAACACUCUCCUCUCUAUCCUCCUCAAACGCGGCAGAACCGGCAUGGCGCUUGAUCUCUUCCGCGAGAUGCGCCGCACCUACGGCGUUAAACCGGAUUGUUACACUUUCAACAUCUUGAUCAACGGGUUUUGCAAAAACUCUAUGGUGGCCCAAGCCUUUAGAGUUUUUAAAGACAUGGAGUGUGUUCCUGAUCUUGUUACUUACAACACCAUCAUCGACGGGCUAUGCAGAGCUGGCAAAGUUAAUACAGCGCAUAACGUGUUGAAAGGGAUGGUUAAGAGAGGUGUGGUGGAGCCCAACGUUGUUAGUUACACCACUCUUGUGAGAGGGUACUGUAUGAAUCGUGAGGUUGAUAAAGCUUUGGCUUUGUUCCGUGAGAUUGAUAAACCGAACGCUGUGAGUUUCAAUACUCUGAUCAAGGGACUCUCCGAGGCUCAGAGGUUUGAUGAGAUCAAGGAGGUUUUGAGAACUAGCGCGUUCGCUCCGGAUAGAUGCACUUUUAAUGUUCUGAUCAAAGCUCAUUGCGAUGGUGGAGAUCUUGACGAAGCCAUGAAGGUGUUUGGAGUGAUGGAGCGUCCUGAUUCGGCUUCUUACAGUGUUUUGAUUCGCGCUCUUUGCUUAAGACAAGAGUUUGAUAGAGCGGAGAGGCUGUUCAAUGAGUUGUAUGACAAGGGAGUGUUGUUGGAGAAGGGUGGAUCGAAGCCUCUCGCCGCGGCGUAUAACCCGAUGUUUGAGUACUUAUGCGCCAACGGGAAGACGAAGCGAGCUGAGAGAGUUUUCAGGCAGCUGAUGAAGAUAGGAGUGCAGGAUCCGCCUUCUUACGGGACUUUGAUCAUGGGACACUGCAGAGAAGGUGGUUUCAAAGGUGGUUACGAGCUGUUGGUUCUGAUGCUGAGGAGGGAGUUUGUGCCUGAUUUUGAAAUCUAUGAGUUACUUAUUGAUGGGCUGUUGAAGACUGGUGAAGCUCUUCUCGCUCACGAUGUCUUGCAAAGAAUGCUGAGGAGCUCUUAUCUUCCCGUUGCAGCCACUUUUCAUUGUGUACUCGGAGAGCUUGUUAGAAGAGAGUUUGCUAACGAGUGUUUUGACUUGGUAAGGAUAAUGUUGGAGAAAGGAAUAAGACAGAGCAUUGAUCUUUCGACGGAUGUUGUCAGAUUGCUGUUUAGAAGUGGUCAGAAGGAUAAGGCGUUUUUGGUUGUUAGGUUGGUUUAUGAGAACGGUUAUGUGGUUAAGAUGGAGGAGUUGAUUGAUUUCUUAUGCGAGAAUAGGAAACUAGUUGAUUCAGCUCAUAGGCUUGUGCUGUUUUGUCUGGAGAAUAAUCAGAUGAUAGAUAUCAGCAGAUGCAACAGAGUCAUAGAAGGGCUGUGUAAGGUUAAGAGACACUCUGAAGCGUUUGGUUUGUAUAAUGAAUUGGUGGAAAUAGGAAAACACCAGGAGCUUAGCUGCCAUGUAGUUUUGAGAAACGCCUUGGAGGCUGCUGGGAAGUUGGAAGAAGUUCACUUUGUGUCAAAGAGGAUGGCUAUGUCAGAUGAUAGCUAUGGACUAAAACAAAGGAUAUCAUCUUAAACUUGGAGCAAUAUGUAUUAAAGAGUUUUGGCAGAGGCUCCCUUUUGUGUUCCAUUCAAGUCCCACAUGAGCAAACUUGGAGACUGAGGUUCUGAAACACAGGUCAUAUCCUGGAUCAAUGACAUGAGAAUCUAGUGCCUGACCAGGUCCUGUCUGAGUAUACUUCAACAGUUAUAGACAUGAACACACAAGUUUGCAGGAUCCCGACUCCGUGAGUACUGAAGAGGAGAAGCAUAAGCAACUAUAUCUUCAUUCUCAUAGUUUUCCAUGGCUUUCAAUGUUAAGGAGAACCAUAUGAUGAUGUAUUAUUGUCAUAAUAUUCAAAGAUUUAUGUUUCUGUUAUCAUAAGAUUGACAUGCUAAUAAUACCAUAAAUCAAGCAUUAAGAGGGUGUCUCUUAUGAAUUAUUUGCUUUGGUUGUUGAAGAUCAUGUAGAUAAACGCCUCUCAUCGUUUCUGUCUCUCCACUUGGAGAAU